AUGGCCGCCCGUUGCCAGUUACCGCCCGUCUUGAGAAGGCUCGCCAGAUCCACCACAGAAGUGAGCAGACAACCACUCCUGAGGCAGUCCCUCUCCCGCCAUACCGUCAGACACAUCAGCACAUCGAGGCCAAGACUUUUCCAACCGACAGCCGUGUCCCAAAAGGGCGAGCUCACCAGCGAAAAGUACCCCGACAUCCAACGAGACUCGAGAUUCGCCCAAGUCACCCCAGAACAUGUCAAGUUCUUCAAGGACGUACUGGGAAGUGAGUCUGCCGUGGUUGACGGUGUGACAAGCGACGCUGCCGACGACAUCGCCCCCUUCAACAGUGAUUGGAUGAACAAAUAUCGCGGCCACUGCAGGUUGGUGCUCAAGCCGGGUACCACGGAAGAGGUCAGCAAGAUCCUCAAGUACUGCAAUGACAACAUGUUGGCCGUGGUACCUCAGGGUGGCAAUACCGGUCUGGUUGGCGGUUCUGUUCCGGUCUUUGACGAGAUUGUCAUCAACAUGAGCCGCAUGAACAAGAUUAUCGAGUUCGACGAGGUCAGCGGCAUCUUGGUGGCAGAGGCGGGAACCAUUCUGGAAGUGGCGGAUCAGUUUCUGGCGAGCAAGGGUUAUAUCUUCCCCUUGGAUCUCGGGGCCAAGGGCUCAUGCCACAUCGGAGGAAACUUGGCUACCAACGCCGGAGGCUUGCGUCUUCUCCGCUACGGGAGCUUGCACGGCACCACCCUGGGCAUUGAGGCCGUUCUGGCCGACGGCACCAUUGUGGACGACCUCUGCAAGCUUCGCAAGAACAACACUGGCUACGAUCUGAAGCAGCUGUUCAUCGGGGCUGAGGGCACCAUCGGUAUCAUCACCAAGGUCUCGAUCCAAUGUCCCCAGCGGUCGGCGGCCCAGAACGUGGCCUUGUUCGGCAUUGAGUCCUACGAGCUGGCCCAACAGGCUUUCCGUGAAGCCAAGGGUCAGCUGGGCGAGAUUCUUUCAGCUUUCGAGCUGAUGGACGAGGGCAGUCAGCAGCUGGUACGAGAUGUCACAGGCAACAAGAGCCCAUUGGAGGAAAAGUAUCCCUUCUACUGCUUGAUCGAGACCAGCGGUUCCAACGCCGAGCACGACGCAGAGAAGCUUCAGUCAUUCCUGGAGGACGUCAUGGAAAAGGGCAUUGUGGCUGAUGGAACGCUUGCCGAGAACGAGACACAGAUCAGGUCGUUGUGGACAUGGCGUGAGGGUAUCACCGAGGCGCUGGGCCAUCUCGGCGGCGUGUACAAGUACGACGUUUCGAUUCCCCUGAAAGAACUCUAUCAGAUGGUCGAGGACGUCAAGGCCCGGAUCGACGCCGCGGGUCUGCUUGGCGACACGGACGAGUUCCCUGUCAGAGCGGUCGUCGGGUACGGCCACAUGGGCGAUGCCAAUCUGCACCUCAAUGUGUCCACGCGGCGGUUCGACGAGCGGGUGGAAAAAGUGCUGGAGCCAUAUGUCUAUGAGUGGAUUGCGGAAAGGCAGGGCAGCAUCAGCGCCGAGCAUGGGCUUGGCCUCAUGAAGAAGAAGUACAUCGGCUACAGCCGCAACCCGACCAUGGUUGGCCUGAUGAAGAACAUCAAGAACACGUUUGACCCGGUAGGUUCUUUUCUCUCUUUCCCCAGACUUUGUGGCAGCCAAGGCUGA